GGAGAGAUGGUUGAUGACGUAAAUAUAAUGCGACUCCAGAUAAAGUCUGUGGAAUAUAAUAUGUUGUGUUGCUCACUAGUUGAGGCAUAAAAACAACCGGUUGAGGACUGUAUACGCGCUUUAGAGUUCGAUGGUCGUUAUAAAUUCACUGUUAUCGUGCCUUGUGAGGUUAGUAAGUUAAUUGUAUUCGCCUGGACCGUCGAGGAGGAGCGAAGUGGUACUGAUGGCUAACGACAGACUUCGAGCGCUCGAGGAAACCGAGAAGGAAAUUGCAAUGAUUCUGCAGUGUGCUGGCAACAUCGUACUGGAGCUGUCAAAAGACAAACACAACGCCAGUUUUCUGGACCGCCAGCUCGGCCAGUUUCAAGGUUCCGUUAACAGAGUGGAGAGCGAGCUCAGCUCACAGAUCCGCUACCUCACUCAGGUGGCCACAGGUCAGCCCCACGAGGGCUCCACUUACUCGGCCAGGAAGGACUGCCAGAUGGCCCUGAACCGUGCUGAGUACGCGCGCGUCAAGCUAGGGGAGUUAGGGCGCACCUGCGAGCUCACACUAGACCCUCAGACCUGAGGAGGGAGAUGACUUGAUAACGAUCACCCUUAUCAGGCUACACGAUCAGAGGAGAGGGGGGACAGAAACAAAGCUGAAAUUAUCUGACAGAGAAGAUGAACGGUCAGAUGUUUGUCAACGUUGUUGGCUGCUUGAUGUGUGCCUGCGCGUGAGGUCAGGUGGUUCGUUUUUCAGUCUGUUGAAAAGAAAGAGGUGCUGUGUCGUUGUGUUUUGUAUAGUUCAUAAGAGUAUGGUACCAGGAGAUCUUUUGUAAUAAAACGUUUUUUUUACUGUC